AUGAGCUUUCAAUCAUUUUGUUUCCCAUCGAAUUCCACCGCCGAAGACACACAAGGAUUAUCGGAUUUGAAACUUCUCUUUAAAAAUAUUCAGAUUGUACUAUGCGUUUUCGGCAUAAUUGGGAACAUUUUAAAUCUUCGUACUUUACAAUGCCCAUCACUGAAGACAAUCCCCUUUAUGUACAUCCGAGCGUUGGCCAUUUUUGACUUGUGUGCUCUUGCUCUAAUCGUUCUCCAUUUCGCUCUUUCGGAUAAUGGAAAGAAGAGUUAUUUGGCGAUGGCUUAUGUGAAUUAUUUGGACGCUUGUCUUAUCAACGGGUUUUUGAUCGCCGGAUUGUAUUGCGCUUUUAUGCUCACCAUUGAGAGAUUCAUUUUGAUCACCCGUCCACAUCUCGCUCGAUCAAGUAACCCGAAGAAGACAUGUCGGCGGAGAAUUGUGAUCGCUGUUCUUGCCGCUUUUCUUCUUCAUGUCCCAAUGGCUGUUCAAACAACUGUACAACAAAGUUCAGAAGGAAUCUAUACAAUUGUCAAUCACAAAGGAUUAUUGUGCCAAGAACCCUACUGGACGAUUUUCCAAACGUACAAAGUCGGUCGGGAAUGUCUCCGAUUUAUGUGUGUUAUUGUGAUGACAGCACUCAAUGUGGUAAUUGCCAGGAAAUUGCAGAUUGCAAAGAGAAAUCGUCGCGUCCUUCUUAAUAAGACUCCAAAAGCUCCACCAAAACCACCAAAUUUCUCGAAUCAUCGAAGCUCAAUUGCCUAUCAUUCAGACGCUUAUCAACAAAAAGAAUUUGCGAGCGUUGUGAAAAGUUUCACCGAGAAAAAAUUGACAGUUUUAAUGGUGGCGAUUUGUUUCAUCUUUAUUUUGGGUAACGUUCCACAAAUGUUGGUGAUGUUAUUCCAGAAUGAGGCAACCGAGCAAUUGUACGGAUUUCAGCUUUAUCGUCAACUCGCGAACGUGCUUGAAGUGUUGAAUCAUUGUCUCAAUUUUUACGUUUUCUGUAUGGCGAGUUCAGAAUACACUCGAGCAUUCAUCGUGAAUUGUUUCUGCUUGAGACACGUCAUUUCUUUGUGUCCGGGAUGCGUAAAGCUAGUGAAUCGACGAAGGAGUAGCAGUCUAAGCUUCGGUCAAUCAGUGAACAAUUCGGUGAUGGUCGGUCAGAUCAAGGAUUCGAGUGAUGAUGACAUGUCAAUGGUACAAAAAGAUGUAGUUGUUCGAUGGAAACCGGAUAGUGAAACUGGCACUGAUCGAUCACAACAGACUCCCUUGGUGCAUCAAGCUCCAAAUCGAGGAAUUCUUCGUAAAGAUCGAAACACUUCAAACUCUUUCCGUUCUCAUUCCCAAUCGAUCACAAUCGCCAAUCCGAAUGCUCAAGAAAUGACCGGAGAGGAGGAGGAGAGAGCUUUUCAUGAAGAGAAUCAACCAGAAGUGUAUAUU